AUGCAAUAUCAAGCGGCAACCGAGUCGUCAUGGAGAAGCAACAACACCGGGCAUUACUACAACUACAACUAUAACUACUGCUUGCCCGUAAACCGACACUAUCCUAUAGUGACCGUUGACCCGUUGGAACGGGUAGCAAAGCUAGCCUCUCAAAAUGCGGUUGUGAUAUUCAGUUUGAGCACAUGUUGCAUGUGUUACGCUGUCAAGAGCUUGUUCUCUGGGAUGGGUGUCAACCCGACUGUUUAUGAGCUCGACGAGGACCCGGUUAGAGGGAAAGAGAUGGAAAAGGCUUUGGUUAGACUUAUGGGCAGCACCACGGCGGUGCCGGUGGUGUUCAUUGGUGGCAACUUAGUUGGUUCCAUGGAUAGAGUCAUGGCUUCACAUAUCAAUGGGACUUUGGUUCCACUUCUUAAGCAAGCUGGUGCCCUCUGGCUCUGA